AUGAUUGCUUUCUUUAGGCUGAAGAGAAAGGAAGAGGAGGAGGAGGAAGAGGUGUGUGGGGGGGCUUUAAACUGACCAGACAGCCAUCCCUUCAAGGGCUGAUCUAGGCCAAACCGGGCCAGAUGUGGCCCCCUUUGGAUAAUUGGCCUCAGCUGAUGGGACAGAAGCAGCAGGCAACCAGGCCAGCACCUCCCAUUAGUGAGCUCCCUGGAUCCUGACUCCUUAAUCCGUUCUCAACCUCACCUACUAAUUCUGCACCGCUAGCAGUCCACGCACACACACACACACACACACACACACAGAUACAGUAUUUACACAUGAGGACCGGGGGGAGACAAGGGAAGGAAUGAGGAAGAAAGAGAAGAGAGAUUAAAGAGAAAACAGACAAACAGAGACUUUGAGAUGGAAAAAAAAACUCUCCUCUCACAUAAAUGUCUUGUGACUGACACGGAGCGACUGAGAGCGAGGAGAAAAAGGCGAAGAGGAGGUGAAGAGAAGAAACCGAGCAUCAGAGAGGCUUUCUGGGCUUCUUCCAGUGCGUGAUAGCGGCCCAUAUUUCCAUCCAGAGUGUUGAACGUACUCCCCGGCUGUGUGGGGAUGGGUUGAUGUGCAGAGCAGUAGUUGCAAUCUGAUACUGCCAAAUAAAGAUAACAAGGUCUUAGAAAGUCAAUCUGGACUUAAGUCUGCUUUUGGAGUCUCAGGAGGAGGAGAUGGAGGAGGAGGAGUGCACAGGCCAGCGUUUAGCAUGUGGGCUCGUCUGUUGUGGGAUUCUCUGCUGAUAGUAAUCACAGUGUGCGGUCGAAGCCAAAAAGCAGCCAGGAGCUUAACAUUAGCAGAGACAUUUGUCUGACAUUAGUGAUUUGAUCAAAUACACCCUGGACCAUGGCUGCCUCCUCUCAUCUGUGUGAGCAGAAACACAUUGUUGUCUGUUUUACAGAUAAAUGGCUGUUUCACGCUGUCUUCUUCUAUUUUAAAGACGAGAUGUCAGUCCAGCUUUUCUUUUUUUUGGUGGAAAGGAAAAUACAUUUUCUCUGGGAUCUGAGGAAAUCGAUGUAAAAGCUGUAUCAGAAACAGAGAGGGUCCCUGUUAAUGCUCGGAGAAACAACCGUUAGGUCAGUGAUCCGGACCAGGAGGAUUUGAAAGGAUGAAGCAAAUAAAAGACGCAGGAUUAAAGAGCAACUUUAGGGAAAUUAUGUAAAAGAAACUUUCAUUAAAAGGAUUGUAAUCUAAUGGUUGUAAUCGUGUCGAAUUCAGACAUUUGGUUUGUUUUUACUCAUUAAAUUAUUCAAAUAUUAAUAUUAGUAAAUUUACAAUAUAAUAAAUGGUUGGCCUCAUCCAAAUCAUCUCUGAGCAACUGAGAAAAAAGCAAAAAGUGUUGCAACUGUCCCCAGUCGCCCCUACUACUCAUAUUCAUCCAUCUACACCACAUUCAUUCACUGGAGGUGUAUUUUCCUCUGAGUCGCUGCUGCUCCAAGAGUGACAAACGUGCCAUCAGUUAAAUGGUGUUAAAAGAUAUUCGCUUAUUUGCACCAAACAGAGUCUGAGACAAAAUCUGCAGCGUUUGUGGAUUUUGCACAUAUGCCUGAUCUCAAACUCAUCGAACACCUUGAGAUGAACCAGGAACAAGUCAGGGCUUAUAGUUCAACUUUCAUGCAUCCAUUCCUCCAUCCAUCUAUCCACGCUUCAAUGGACACAGAAAACAAACUGACGCCUACAAUGUUGAUGCUAAUAAUAAGGAUGAAAAAACAGCAGAGACAGUUGGGUAAGAUGAUGCGCCUAAUUGGUCUGGAGGUAAUGUUUUUAAAUGAAAUGAUGAUGAUAAUGUUAAUAAGCAUUUUGGGUUCACCGGCUCCUAGAUUCACAUUAAUAAUUAUGAUAAUCAUCAUAAAGAGAAGGCUGACAUUAUGGUGAAGACAUACGGUUGGUAACAGCAUGAAGGUUAAAGUUCAGGUCAUGCAUUUGAGGCGUCUCUACUGUCCACAGCUAUUCUGGAUUAUCCUAACCACCCACUGCACCAUGAAUUUGAGCUCUUUUUUUUAGGCUCUUUUGAGGAGGACUCAGAGAUUUCAAAUCUCAUUUAUCCCCAGUGCUAUUCGUUUACUUACACAUUUGCUUUUUGCACUUUUCACAGCUUAUUAAGGCAGAUAUUUUCCAGUUUUGGUACUGGCUCUGGACCCAACAUUAUCUUUUUACUGAUCUUGUAUGUAUGGUGUGAUCAUGUUUGACUUUUAGACUAUUCUUACUGUAUUGUAUCUGUGUUCCCUGUCUUUGUGUGCUUCUGCUGCAACACUAAUUUGCCUUUUGGGACAAUAAAGAGAUUCUGAUUCUGGUUCUGACAGUCCAUCUGCGCUGACACCUGUCACCUGUCUUCAGAAAACAAGACCAGCUUUGAGCCUGAAAAGAGGGACCUGAUCAUACCUGUGUUUAGACUGAUUCCGUUCCCUUUGCUCAGUGGAUACAAACCUCUGCAGACAGACAUACUUCGUCAUCUGCACGCACAUAUCAACAUUAUUAUGUGUAUCGUAGACGGUUUUGUAUGCAAUGUUUGGUUCUAUCAAGCCAAGUGUGCACUCAGGGGUAAAUUCCUACAUUUCCCAGAAUUCCUAAGGUAAUCAUGGCAGGCCCAGGUCUUGCUCUUUUUGCUGUGAAAGAGUCUCAAUGAGUUUAGACGUCUUAUAUUGACGUUCUUUAAAACAGAUAAAGUAGAUCCUUCAUUCUUGCCUCUGCCACCCAUGCACAGACACACACAGACACACACACACACACAGACACACACUUGGCUGUGAAGUCACUCCAGUUUGACAGCACAGCCACUAAUCCUAAAAUGACGGUCAUGUGUCAGCUUUGUCAGAAUUACUGCGGUACUGAAACACAGUGUUGGCAGUAAAUAGAUCAUUUUCUCAGGACACAUAUAAUUAUGAUAAUUGAUGCUGUUGUACUUUGGCAUGCAGCAGCACGCACUUAUUGGUCCUUUAGAUAUGUGAUCCACUGAGGUGAUAAAUCUUUUGCUCCAUAAAUCAGAGUGUAUCUCUGAAUGAAGCUGAUUUCAUUCAAGAUAGAAGGAAACAUGAUUGAUUUAGGAUUAUCAGCUCAGGACGAUCAGAUCACAUCAGGAAAAUCGAAAUGUCACAAGGUACUGCAGGGCAUGUUUCUCACCGUCAGCAAUUUCUAUAAAAAGACCAAAAUAAAUGACGUGUUUGUUGAUCUCUGGUGCAUCAUGACUGGUUUUUUUUCUCCUUUUAAUUUCAGCCCCUUUGUUUAUACAGUGGAUUUAUUCAUUUUAGUGGGAAAUAAACUCUCUCGCUGACUCUGUAUUGACCUACAAAAUUAUUCAUAGUCAAGCUCCACCUCCACUUCGUGAGUUUACUAAAAAAAUCCAACCAGAUCAACCAGAGCGAGCUCUAGAGGUGACUGUGUUGUGCCACUCAGGAAAAGCGCUUUUGUUCGAGUCGUAUUCUCCUUUCGUGCAUCACAAUCCUGGAACCAAAUACCGAGCACCAUACGUGAACUCCCAACCCUCACAAGUCAUGGCUGUUGGAAAACCAGACCUGCCAUCAUAAUCAUGUCUAAAAAUUGUUUGUCAUGUCUAAUUGGCUAAUUGCUUUGGGGUACCACUCUAAAUUUUGUUCUGGCGUACAUCUUCUCAUUUAUGUAUGCAGAUUUGUUACUAAAGGGUUUACAUAAUACAUUUAUGUAUACAAACCAUGUGCAAUUUUAGACACACAUCUGCGUAGCUUACGUUAGCACAGAUGAAAGUUAAAACAAAGACGUUUAGCAAACUGUUAAAGCACACAAACCAUCGUCAUAUAAGAAAUCCGACGCUAUGACUCUCCACAAGUUGUCCUUUAGGACGUUAUCUUUGUAAACAAUCAGCCGAUCGGCCAUGUUGGAUAUACCGGUGAAUCUGACUUAGCAACAACAUGAAAUCUGAUUGGUCAGAAGUAGACACACAGUAUGCAAAACUUUAGAAAAAUCGACUGUGAAACGAAAAAAUAAAUGCUGCAAUAUUGCGGGACGGGAAAACGUUGCUGAUGUGAAUGCGCUUAUUGACAGGACAUGGGUUCAAAAAAAUAUCGACGUCCGAAAUAAUCGCACGACAUGUGUAAGGACCUUUAGUUAUGUUGUUUGUACUUUUAACAUGAUUGCUUUUAUGUUUAACAUCAACCUGCCAGUAAGACUGGGGAUGGAAAUUCGUCAUUAGGUUAUAAUCCCACAUAUUUACAUGUCGAUGUUCAUCAAUAUGUACUGUUCCCAUUUUAAAAAUAUAAAUAAAUAUAAAUAAAAUUUGCCUUUACACCUGGUUUUGCAAAUAUGUCAGAAAAAAAUACUUUAUGAUGUUCAGAUUUAUCCACCAAACCCCUCAGAUAUUCAUUUCACUGAGCUCUACAGUCUGUGGUCGGCCCUGUUUUUUUAAAUAGUGGCAGCUCUCCAACACGUUCCCUCCAAAAGUUGAUUGGAUUGUACCAAAUCACCAGGAGGGGAGUCCACAAUAAAGACAAACGCACAGAGACAACAUGUCAACUCAUUUUUUUCAAACACGCUUCAAAGUUUGUUAACAAUUCUCCAAGAAGCACAAAGUUUACUUCUUUUUUAACGCAAAAUGACCUUUUUAAAAAGACUUUCCAUCAGAAACGGAUGUGUCCAAACCCCUACACCUAAAAUGGAACAACCAGGAAGUAUAAAAGGGGUGAGAACCCACUUAGAAGGUUUUGCAUGAAGACCAGAGUGAAGAUUAGCAACAAGGGUAAGUUGCGUUUGUUAGCACUAGCUAGCAAUAGUUUAGCUUUCCGCUCAGCAAACAUAUGAAGCUCUGGUUCACCUCGCUGGUUUGUUUCUUUAACACAGAUGUUGUAUAUUUUAGAGUUUAACCCCCCCCUGUUUCUGUUGUUUAAUAAUCACAGGGUGAAAAUGAGCAGAUUUAGCUAAGCUAAGUGCUAGCCUUUAGCUUAGCGCCAAACAAAAGGCCGGUUAAAACAGAGUGUAAUGCAGAUUUCUUUGAUACUUGAGCGUUUGCUGCCGAUAUAACCUGCUCACCUUGAUAGUGUUGCUAAAAUAUCUCAGAUAGAAAAGACAAUGGAGCAUCACCAUUACUCAGCAUUAAACCAAAGGAUGACAGUGUUUUGCCCUCAGGCGCCCUCGCUCUUUCUUCUUCUCUCUCCACUCAGAGAGGCCACAACACUGAGAUAUUUGUGUGUUUGUUUUUGAUGUAUCCAUGAAUAAACGGCGAAGCUUAGCUGAACGAUCUUGUCUUAAAGAUUGAUGUGUUUCCUUUGGUGCCUCUAUUUUCUCCAUGUUGGCAUCAUAUGGCUUUUGUUUUUGCACCACAAACAGAUCUAACUAGAUGAUAAAGUCUUAACAGAAAUCAUCACAGAAUUAUAAAGAUUAAAAUCUCCCUAUUUUAUAAAAGCUGGAGGUCUUUUUACCUGCUAAUAAACCAAGUUGACAUUAAAUUUGUCCGAUUUCAAAUGGAGUUUGGUGGCGAUGGUCUUUUCACCUGUUUUUAACUUGUUUGCGGUUAAUUAAACAUAAAUCUAAAGCAUCAAUUCCCAAAGUAAAAUAAUACAUUUGUGUUCACAGGAGUCUCCAGUAACACCGACCCUGAUCCAGGAUCCAAUCACCGUGGAAACGGGACUUCGUACUGCUGCUUCUAACAAGGUAAAACUGCAGAGUUGUUGCACCAAACCCAGAAAAGGAUGUGUUUGGUUUACUCUCGUACUGGAUGAGGAACAGGUUUGAUCGGUUUCUUCACUUCUGUGUUCUGGCCUAAAUUUUCGUGCCAACAUACUUUUGCCGUCGUACGAUCAAUCAAGAAAGAUCAACGUGUCGGGAACUGGAGUAUUUAGUUCUACGCCUUUUGAAGAGGUUCCUCUCAGAUUUGAAUAGAAGCGUUUCGGUGUUGUCGUGGCAUUGGAGCUGUUUCAGUCACUCACCCGUGGCGGCUGUCAUACAUUUGUAACCCGUCACAGUCUGUACGGUGACUCCGCAAGGUUGUUUGGUGACCUCUGAUCAGCUUCAUACCGGAAAGGGCGGAUGUGAUAACCCGGAGUGUGUUUUCAAUGACAAAAAAGACAAACAUGCAACUUCUUGAGUCACUGUUUGUGAUGUUGUGGGUUUCAUGGCAACAGUAAUCCAAAAGCAAUCAAAUUUGAGCGGCGAUUCAGGAUUCAGCUUGUUGGUUCGCUGAUGUGAGGGUGGUUUUGUUCUCUGCAGUGUUAUCAUAAAAAAAAAUAUCUGGUUUUUCCCACACAGGACUGAAUUUAACAGCUGUUGGGGGGCCGAACUCAUGGAUGAGCUAAAAUGAACAACAGAGUGUGUGUUUGCCAACGUUUUUUUGGACAGGCUGAUCAUUUUUUCUGCAACUAUUACUAUAAUUGAGCCGAGUUUGGCUUCGAAAUCGACCUGCGGAGACUUGAAACACUAAUGAAAUACAAUUAGGUAUGAAAAAGUCGUCUAUUAGAGUCAGUCUGCUCUUAUUUAUCCAACGUGGUCAUUACCAAUCUGACACAUUUUCAGUUUUUGCUUUUUGAAUUUCUUCCUAAAACUUUGUGAAAUAUUAUGUAGAAAAGUAAUUUGACGUGUCUAAUAUCUUCAGAUUUUUACAACCACAGAGGCUGAUACAGCUCUAAUAGAGGCCUUCAGCUAUUGUUUGAUUGCAGGGUCAGUCUUUUUAUAUUACAGCGUCUGGGCAGGCUCUCUGAAUAAACUACAGGUUCAGAUCUAAAAAUAGGGCUUUGGUGUGUUUACAGGGUGCUGCAGGUGCCGGGCAGGUCUAAGAAUCACCUGUGUGGACCUGGUGGUGACAGCAGCAGCAAAAAAAUUCACAGGAAAUGAGAAACAUGGUAUUCAUGACGGACGGAGGGCCUCUGUUUGGAAAUUUUCUCUGUUAAAAUACACCAGAGGGGGGUGAGGUCAGCAGCGUUGAGUGCAUAUUACAUGGACGAUGUGCCUCCCAGUCUAUAAUGACAGAAACUAUGAAUAAGACACAUUCAGCUGAUGUGCAUUUUAAUGUCCUACUUUGACUCAUGGUCCAUUUGUUUACAUGGGGGAGCCGCGGGGUCAUGGCCCACACUGUCACAGAGAAUAGACGUGUUAUGUUGCAAAUUACCGCUCUUUCUGCACAUGCUCAGAUAUUCACUAAAUAUAAAUGAGGCUGUUUCUGCUGCAAUGAUUUCUCUAAGUUUUGAUUUUUACUUACAAACAUGAAAUAUCUGCAAUUACCACUCGGCUUUUUUACACUCUUUAAUAUCUAUAGCCAAAUUAAUCUGUUUUUUAAGUCAGAGUUUAUUUAUUAAAAACAAAUGAGCUGAAUCUUCAUUAAAUGGUUUAUGCUGAAGUAAAUGUUUAGCUUUUAAUAAGAAGACAAUACAGUGUAAUGCGGACCCUGAUUCAGGUUUUUAAGUCAUUCAGAAAUCCUCAAAAAGGUGGCGUUCAUAUUUAGAAAAUAAUUUAACCUAUGAUGCAGUUUAGAUUGUUGUUGCAUCAAAGGUCAGCUGUCUGCGUAACAUGGUUCAGAUUGAUGUCCUGGUGGUGCCGUGACCUUAAGAGUUGAACCAAAUUUAAAUUUUCUGAUAAUUUCAUCAUUUUUUAUUCCAGAACCAAAAGUACGGUGGCCGAGAACCGCCACUGCUGCAAAUAAAAAAGAAUGCAAAAAAAAAAAAAAAAAAACGCAGCAGAAGUGAGCUGCUGGGGACCAAUAAUGACGAUGCACCGGUGUUUUACGAUCUAGGCACAGAAGACGACGGGAAGAAGACGAUCAAAGAAGUAAGUUGAAAGGUUAUUUUUUACUUUCACUUCGUAAACUUUUUAAUAUGUCAUUUGAAUUGGAGGAUGCCGGUGUAGUAUUAGCUUCAGUUCAACUUCAUAUCAAUUUAGGCACUACAUAGCCUAACCAAAUGACACAUUUAAAAGUUUGAAAUUAAACAAUAACCUUUCUACUAACUUCUUUGCUAGUCUUCUCGCCGUCGUCUUCUGUGCCUAGAUCGUAAAACACAGAUGCAUCUUCAUUAAUGUUCCUCGGCAGCUAACAUCUGUUGUGAUCUUUUUGCAUCCUUUUAUUUUCGCAGUAUGUAACUUUUUCUGUUGUUGUUGUUGUUGUUGUUGCUUCGCCACUUGUUUUUUUCGUCAUUAACUUCUGUUAUUUUUUUAUUUUUUUAUUUUUUUCAUCUGCUCUGUUUCUUUUUUAUUUGCAGCGGGCUUCGUUUUUUUUUUUUUUUGCAUCAGUAACUUCUGUUGUGGCUUCUUUUUUUUUGCAUUCUUUUUUAUUUGCAGCAGUAGUGGUUCUCGGCCACCGUACAAACGUACGGAUCAACAAUUCUGUCUUAUAAUGAAAUAUUCAAAUUUGUCUUUUUGUGCAACCAACAAAAACCCACAGUUUGAGAGCCUGAAGAAUUGCACCCGUGUUAUUUUUAAAUAUCUCUCUAACACACACACACACACACACACACACACACACACACACACACACACACACACACACACACACACACACUCAGCAGGUCAGCACCAGUGUUACACAACAGCUUCCUCAUCACAUCUUUAAUAAUCUCAGUCUGAGAGAGAGAGAAGAGGGGGAAACUCUCUUACCAGAGAAACGCUAGUUCAAAUAUUUACCUUUAACGCUGCGUGUUGAACUUUGCCCUCCAGGGACAUGCGCGUUCGCGUUGCCUUGCGCGCUUGUUUAUAACGACAAGCAGGGAUUAUGGGUAACAUUUACGACGCGCUUUGUUUUUGUUACCAAUCACCACGAGCCUCCUCUGCGCUUUGGCCCCUCGUCAAACAUUUUCCAAAUCAAAGCCUAGAUACAGUUACAGCCAGUGCGCACGCCCGCUCUGGGUAAACACACGGCUCCUCUGUGCACGCGGGCGCGCCCAGGGAAAGAAUUUGAGGCCACGCGCUGCUGGUGUUACUGUUGUGACUUGUUAUGAAUGGUGAAGCUAUAGGAAAGUGAGGGAAGUCUGAAAAUACGUUAUUGGACAUACAAGCGUCUUAACUGAAAAUAAAACAACAAAAUUCACAUUACAUGAUUAAUUAAAAUGUUUUAGUGAUGGGCAAUGAAAGGGCCUCAAAACACCUUCAAGUACCAGACAUGUGUUAGCUAACAUAUUAGCUAAUAUGCAAGCUAACAUUCUUGAGACUUCAAAAUAAAUAAAUAAAAGAAACAAUGUCAGAGUCUCUAUAUUUAAGAUAUUUUUAGAUGUUUUACUGACUUUUAGGAGAUUAAUUCAUUUCAAAUGCACUUAAAGUCUGAGUUUGUGUCACAUUAAAUUUUUAAUUAAAAUGUUUUAGUUGCUUUUAAAGGGCCACAGAACACUUUCAAGUGCCAGACACAUUAGCUAACAUAUUAGCUAACAUGUUAGCCAACAUAUUGGCUAACAUGUUAGCUAAUAUGCUAGCUAACAUCCUUCAUACUUCAAAAUAAAGCGAUUAAAGAAAUGGCAUCAGAGUCUCUAUAGUUAAGAUAUUUUUAGAUGUUCUACUGACAUUAAGAAGAGAUUAAUUCAUUCAAAAUGCACCAGAAUUCUGAGUUUGUGUGACACUUAAUCUAAAAUCUCAUGUGAAAGUCUAGAAGGUCAACCACAGAAGCGUAUCCCGUCAUUUCAACCGUGUCAAAAUAACUCGCUGAUUGGGCCGAUACCAACACACAGCAGAUCGUUGAGUUAAAACCUGCAGUUUAACAGGUUACAUUGAAUUUAUAGACUAUUGUAGAUUUAAUUUCAGAAACAUAUUACAAAAAUAUGCUUAUAUUAACUCUUGAGAGACUAUAAAUAGUCUGAUAACCUGUAACUUUAUAAAAGUAUUAUAAAAAUAUAUAUAUUUUUUAAAGGCAUCACUUUCUGGACAUGCCUUGACCAUAUUUCAUUCAGAUAUCUAAAGGUGUUUCUGAGCCUUUAAAAAAAAAAAAGAAAAACAGCAAUAAACAGCUUAAUGAAUUUUAUGAAAUAUAGCCUAAUAUUUCCAAAAAUGUCCCAUCGAGCCCGUCUUCACAUCUGAAUUCUUAUCAGCUUUUGAUGAAACAAACUAGAUCAGGAAACUGAAGGUUAAUAAUGCCAAAUAUUAUCGGGUCAGUAGACUCGAUUUUAGUGUCACACUAUGAGGAAGCCGAUACUCUAAAUUCUUGAUUCUGAUUGGUCACAGUGUAGCAGCUGUUUGUCAGGAGGUCUGUUAUUUCUUGAUAGAGGACUUCCAUAAAUAGUACAUUAUUACAAAAGAUCACCACGCCAUUACAAUGCACUUAAGACAGAUGAAUAUUUGUGUAGAAAAUGAAAAUAUUAAAGUAUCAUUUGAACAACAACUUUGGAUUUAUAAAUGAAGAACCGAAUGUUAGGUCGCCUAUAGUUCCUAUAAAUAAUAGUAGGAAUUAAAUUAAUUAAAUAGGCCUACAGAGAGACUUGAUAUAUGAAACACACGGGCUUUAAACGUUGGAUUUGAACCAGCAGGUGUCACAUCACAAACUUACAUUGUUUUUGUUUGUUUCAAUGGUCCAAAGUGUGAUCCUGUGACUCACUAUCAGUCCAAAGACACAAUCAUGAGUGCCGCUCGCUAAUAUCAGUGUAACAGUGAGUAAUAUAGAUAUGGGGAUCUGUGCAGGUGUCAGGGAAUAAGAUAGGGUAUUGAUUUUAUUCAUACAGUGUUUGCACUUUGACAAAGAGGCACGAGAUUAGAAGAAGGAGUCCGUUUGGAGGUGUUUACGCGUUUGGAGACGGUAGGAUCGGCUCUGUGCGUAUUUUAGAAGAAGUAACACAGAGGAGGCUUUGCUUUGGACCCAGUUGGCAAAAGUAUUCCUUAAAAUAUGUGUAAAUGCGAUAAUAAACCCGACGUGUUAUGACUUCACGAAAGCAUUGGUCAUAUUAGAUAUUGAUAAACAUGUGGGACGCGUUAAAUCAUCGCUAUUAUUCCUAUUAUAAAUGGUCAAAAAUAACCUAUGACUUAAAUUAUUGCCCCAGACACUGAUCCGACUGAAUCCUGAAAUUGUAAAGUUGAAAUAAGGUUUGCAAAUCUGUAUGCGUAAUGCGUAAAUUUGAUGCGUAAUGAUGGAAAUAAGUGCCAAAAUAAACGCAUGACAAAAUCAAAUAUACCAUGGUUUAUACCGAGAUGCCUUUUACUCCCUAAAAAUCUCCCUUUUCCUGAAAUAAUCCAUUAAAACCGAGCGGAUUAAUACCUAACAGAUCAUUACCUCGACCGUUUAUUUUGCUCCUUUUUGUCUGAGGAGCAUGACCACUGUUAAACAAAUGUCCGCCUCUAAAACAUCAUCCUAUCGAAAAUAAACCUCUCUCUCUCUUUUCCUGGAGUUUAUUCAAACAAACAUGUUUCCAUAAACACAUGAGGACUUUGAAUCACCUUUCUGUAUACAGUUGAGUCUGAUAAAGUCUUACAUUAUCGUACAAAAACACGAUGCACUCAAGUUAAACAUGCGGGCUUCUCUUUUUUUUUCUUCUCUCAGUUCAAACAAGAAACAUUUUCAAAAUAAAAGUCACUGAAUGGGAGGGAGGGGGGCAGAUGGGCCGCUGGCACCCUGCAUAGACGGUAAAUAGAAAGCACACAGAAGCGAUAUAAAACAUUUACAAUAAGGGCGAGAUCUUUUUCUGGACUCAUGAUAUGUUCCACGAUUGUUCGAAGAAUCAUUGAUUGGUCGAGGGACGCCCUACCCCCUCCUCCUCUUCCCCCCGAGCUGGUCUUUAUAUGGAAGUCAAUCUGUGCCAUCUGAUUUUGAUUUUAAUUUCUAAAGCUGCAUCAAAAUCAGACUUUGAAUUCUGAAAAAUUUUGAAUUUUUUAUUUCCUACACCUAUUUUUUCCACAAUAAUGAAAGAAAUAAACAAGUGUAAAAAAAUCAAUAAAAUUACAAAAUUCUAUCCAUUGCUUCUCCCUUCUCCCAGUCUGUUUUACACUAAAUUUUUGACACUAAAUUUUUUUUAUGUUGAAUUUUUUUUACACAUUUUGUUUAAGUUGAACUUUCUCUAAACUAAUAUUUUUGAGAUACCGAUUUUCUUUCACACCAAAUUUAUUCCGUCAUUGUGAAAAAAAGUGUCACAAAUAAAAAUGUGUGCUUGAAAUUUGAUGGUUUUGAAAUUCAAAGUCUGUUUUUGAUGCAAAAAUUGAGGAAUCGAUUGCUUUUCCCUAGUUACCCAGAUGUUGAGUCAGUCUGUUUUAUACAAACAUUUUUCACUCUGAUUUUUUUUGACAUUGGAAUUUUUUUAAUGUUGAAUUUGUUUUUACACAUUUCGUUCAAGUCAAAUUUUUACUGCGUGAAUAUUUUGAGAGACCAAUUUUUUUACACUGCAUUUAUUCCAUCACUGGGAAAAAAUUAGUGUAAGAAAUAAAAAUGCGUGCUUGGAAUUUGAUGGUUUUGAAAUUUAAAGUCUGUUUUUGAUGCAAAAAUUGAGAAAUCGAUUGCUUUUCCCUGAUUGAGUCAGUCUGUUUUACACUAAAUUUUUUGACACUGAAAAUAUUUUUUGUUGGAUUUUUUGUUACACAUUUUGUAAGUCAAUGUUUCACUACAUGAAUAUUUUUAAAGACCCUUUUUUUUUACACUGAAUUUAUUUCAACAUUGUGUGAAAAACAUGUGUAAAAAAUAAAAAUGCGUUGAAAUUUGUUGAUUUUUGAAUUUAAAGUCUGAUUUUUUUAAGUUGAGUUUUCACUUGAUGAAUAUUUUGAGGGACUAAUUGUUUUUUUACACUGAAUUUAUUUCAAUAUUGUGAAAAAAAAAUAAGUUUAAGAAAUAAAAAUAUGUGCUUGAAAUUCAAAGUCUGAUCAUGAUGCAAAAAAAAUCAGUUUUAGAGAUUCAAAUUCAAACUCAGAUGGCACAGAUUGACUUCCAUACCUUUUAUAAGCGAGCACAUAAAGAAAAACCAUCCCAUUAAGCCUGUUUGUAUUUACACUGAUAUAUUUACAUUGCAGCUCUGUAACACGUCUUCAUCAUCAUCAUUUAAAAAAAAAAAAGAAGAAAUCCAAAAAACUGGACAUUUGAAUCGCUGUGCAAGUUCAUCGGUAAACACAUAAAACCCGCAUAAUCCAUGUUUAAAAAGAUGUUCGCAACUGAUCCAGUUUAGUUCUCUCUGAUUCUCUCGGUCCCGAGUCCGUUCGUCCGUCCGUCUGUCUGUCGUGAGUGGGUGGGUGGGUUUUUUUUAUUCGAGCUCGUGCCCGGCCCGUCAGCUGUUAUACUGACACGCGUUCAGACUGGAUCCCGGACUCUGCAGGCCGCUGUAUCCAAAAGUCGGGUGCUGUUUGGAUUUGAGUCUGAGGGUGGCCAGGCUCGAGUUGCAAGUGUCCCGGUAAACGCUGUACGGAGACCCGGGGGGCCCGUACGGACACGCGGACGACGACAUGGCCGAGUUGAUCCCGGAUGUGCCGAUCCCGUUCAGGUUGCUGAUGUUGUUGAGGCCCGGGGUGGGCAUGCCCGGCACGGCGGAGUGUCCCAUCCCGGACGCCAUAGUCAUGGAGGAGAUGGAGUUGGGCGCGGAGAACAUGGACUGUGAGGUGAGGGGGCUCAUGGAGUUAAAGAAGGUGAAGUUCUUGGUGGAGAGGGGCGCCGGGGUCAGGCCCUUGUUGGUCCAGUUGUUGUAGGUGUAGGCCGGGUACAUGUCGUCGUAGGGCUGCAUGAGGCCGCUGAACUGCGGCAGGUAGCUGUUCUUACACAGGUCCAUCUGCUGGUUCCGCUCGCGCUUCCUCCACUUGGCGCGUCGGUUCUUGAACCACACCUGCGGGAGAGAGACACACGGUUAGAGCCGGAGCACGAGGAGGGGGGUCACGGGAGGAAAAUAAAAAAAACUCAACAUUCAACAAAGAGGAAAUAAUAAUAGUGAAACAGGAUACUUUACAAUAUGAUUUUGAGCUAGCCUUUUCGUAAAUAAAGGAUUAUUAGGAUUAAUCUAUUAUUCUGUUGCGUCUUUUGCUAUGGAAGUCAAUCUGUGCCAUCUGAUUUUGAAUCUGAAUUUCUAAAGCUGAUUUUUUUUUUUUUGCAUCCAUAUCAGACUUUUAAUUUCAAGCAUGCAUGUUUAUUUCUGACACUUAUUGUUUCACAAUGGUGAAAUAGAUUUAGUGUAAAAAAUCAGUCUCAAAAAUAUUCAUUCAGUAAAAUUUGACAUAAAAAACUGUGUAAAAAAAAUUCAACAUUAUCAAAAAUUAUUCAGUGUCAAAAAAUUCAGUGUAAACAUCUGGGUAACCAGGGAGAAGCAGUCAAUUCCUGGCUCAAUCAUCCAUCAUCCAGCCAAUCAAUUAAUGCGAGAUUGGUCAUGUUACACCGACCCAGUGGAAGAUUGAAUCCAAUCGAUUGCUUUUCCCUGGUUACCCAGAUGUGGAGUUGGUUUGUUUUACACUAAUUUUUUUACACUUAAAUUUUUUUUAUGUUGAAUUUUUUAAAACAGUUUUUUAAAAUCGAAACUAAACUAAUAUUUUGAGAGACUGACUUUUUUUUACACUGAAUUAAUUCCAUCAUUGUGAAAAAAUUAGUGUCAGAAAUAAAAGUAUGUGCUUGAAAUAUGAUGGUUUUGAAAUUCAAAGUCUGAUUUUGUUCCAAAAUAUUCAGCUUUAGAAAUUCAAAUUUAAGAUCAGAUGGCACAGAUUGACUUCCAUACAAAAAGACGCAAAAAUUAGACGGAAUAAUCCUUUAUUUACGGGCGUAACCGUAUUAUCAAGUAGCCUGUUUGAGUGUUUGUUUGAUACCUGCUGCUCCUAAGGUGAACACCCUCAGACCGCGAGUUUAACCCACUUAAAUAAAAAUCAUCUCAUAAAACAAAAAUUAACGAUAAAAAAAACUCUAAAGUUUCAGUUCCUGUAAAAAAACCUGUAAACUCUUUGACUCUCUAUAGAGCACUUAAAUAUACAUUUUACUUAAAUAGUUUCUAUUAUUACAAAAGAUCCCCAUUACAGUGCACUUAUUUCAGAUAAAAUAAACUAGAUUAUUAUUUGUGUAGAAAAUUAAAAUAUUCAAGUAUCAUUGGAACAACAAGUUUGGAUUUAUAAAUGAAGAACCAAAUGUUAGGUCGCCUUUGUCGUUGUUCCGAUUAAUAAUAGUAGGUUUGAUCCUUUAAUAUAAAGCACUAAUUAAAUUGGCCUAUGUGUAGAUAAUUAAAACACGAGGAGGGGGAGGGGAUCAACUGAGAAAAAGACCUAAAAAAUAGACGGAAUAAUUCUUUAUUUUCGCGUGUAACCCUCUUAUUCUAAAGUGUUUGAGUGUUUGUUUGAUACCUGCUGCUCUAAAGGUGAACACCCUCAGGCCGCGAGUUUAACCCACUACAAUUAAAAACAUCAUCAUAGAAAACAAACAAAAAUUAACGAUAAAAAACUGUCUCUAAAGUUUCAAUUCCUGUAAUAAAAACUCUCUGACUCAGACGGUGUAAAGGAACAUUCCGUAGAUUAAACAGAGUGUGGUUUAGAUCAUUGACGGACUUCUCUUUAACACCAAUCUGUUUAAAGUUCUCAGACUCCAAGUUUGUUUCCAUCUCUGUGUUCUCUGAAAAGACUGUCUGAGCAAUAAUCCUCCUCCACUCGUGUUUAUUUACCUCCAACUGUUUUAUUUAGAAACGCUCACAUAUAUAAAUAUUGUGUCUCUCAAAAGGAGCAAAUGACACUUUUGUUUUUCCGAGAGAAACAUUUCCGGUGUUUGACAGUUCCGGAUCCUUUCUGCAGGAUCGAGUCUGAGAUUCGUGUCUACUUAUUUUCUCUGUCUGUAAUAAAAACAUGAAACUAUUGUCGUGAUUUUGAGAUGCAGAUCAAAUGGUGUAAAUUUAAAUUAGAUUAACAAUCACAACAAUUCUAACGUCGUUGAUUACAUUUGCUUUUAAUGUGAUCAGAUUAAAACCAGAUUAACUGAUUGAACUUUUUUUGCUCUCUUUGGCUCGAUUUUUUAUAUUCAUAUUUAUUUUUUAAGUUAUUUUAAAGCCUUAUUUUGUUAUUAAUGUGCAGAGGCGCCAAAAAGGGGGGACGUUUGGGGCAUAAAAACUACAGAAUUGUGCAGCAAAGAUUAAAUAUUUUUCACAAAUAUUUGUUUGCUGAGGAUGUGUUGGCAAAAAAAAAAAACAAGCAAAAAAAUAAAUUAAAUAAAUGAAUAAUAAUAAUAAUAAUAAUAAUAUCACUUUGACAAUAAAUAAAAUAAGCGUUAGAAAAUUCUGUUUAUUGAUAAAUAUUAUUUUUCUAUCAUAUAUUAUUAAAUUCCUGUCAAAGAAGUUUUUGUAACAAAGUUUCCUAAAUUAGGUUCUGAACUCAAACUGUCGUUUAUAAAUGAAUAAAUAAAUAUUUAUUUUUCUCUUUUAGUAAAAUCUUGUGCGUAAAAAUCACGUUUUUCGUGAUUUCUCAUAUUUAACAUGAACAGUGUAAAUAUUUCACUUUGAUCCGAAACAAAAAAAAAAUCUAAAACAAUAAAAACGGAUUUAAAUUGAUCGAAACUCCCAGAGAAGGACUGAGCCUGGACUUCCUCUCCUCCUCCUCCUCCUCCUCCUCCUCUUCUUUAAAACCACUCUGCCCUCUGCGAGUCAUUUUUAAUUCAUAGUAAAAACAUUUACAAGUGCUCCCAUCCGGCGGGCUCGCGCACUCUAUUUAUAGCAGCGCGUGGAUCAAACUGUCCACGGAGGAGCCCAUCGCUCAGACACGCUCAGCUGUGAACUCUGCCUCCGUUCGUGUCUCUCGAUAUGAAGUUUUCAUCUUCCCUCUAAUGAAACCAUGAAAUGCAAAUACUCCAAAUACAACCGGCUCCAUGUGUCAGCCUGAUUAAACACACGUGACACCACAAGGUCAAGUCCAAACACUUGAAAAUGUCAAAACAUGUUAUGAGGUUCUCAGAAAAAUAUCAUAAAUCACAAACACUCGUCUGCGCUCAGACUCCAGACUCUUCACUUUCAUUUCAACUCGUAAAAGCGCAAUUUUGAAAUUCACUCCAGACACAAAAUCCAAGUUUUCUCUUUUUGCUCUGCUCCCUGAAUGUCGACAUGAUUUUUAAAGAAACUGGACACGGUGCGUUUUUGCAGGAGGCGCCAGUUACUCCAAAUAAAAAACAACUUUUACGCACAAGAGCAGCCGGUGAGUAACGAGCAAAAUAUCAGUAAGAGGUGAGACAAACAUGCCGUUUAGGACAUAAUAUCAACUCAGUGAAGCAGUAAUUUUUAACCUUUUAAAUAUUUAAUGUCUCCUUGUUGAUAAUAAGCGCUAAAAUGUGAAUGAAUCUAAAACCAGCCUCCUGCUCAUUUCGCUCUAAUCCAGCUGCGUUUGUUCGGUAUGAAGCGUCUCCUCCGCGGGGACAAAUGAGGCUCCAGACUCCCCAUGAUGUCAUCCGAAGAUAAAAUCCCCAUUGGCUCCAUUAGCAGCUGAGAUAUACCCGAAACAAGGAGGUGUCAUUUCACACAAAUCCAAACAGCUUUUCCUGCACUUCUGUUAAAGAUAAUUCAGGUGUUUUUGUUUUAGAAAAAGGAGGAAUUUGGACACACGGAGAUGGAGAUGUCAGGGAUGAAUGCAGCUUUAUAUCUGUAAACGUCACAGUGAAGUCACCGUGUAUCAAACACUAAUCUACUUCCUCUGUUACAUUAAAUCCUGACAAAAUAGUGUCUUUGAUUCUGUAUUUCCUUUUUUAAAAUUUAGUCAGAGCAUCGUUUGAGAAAAAGAGGAAGAGACAAUCCGAAUAAAUCAAAGAAAUUAUAAUAAAAUAAAUAAUCUGUAAAAUAUAAAAGAAGAAAAGAGGUAUAAUAACUCUGUUUGAAUUCUCCUUUCUAGUUUAAAUACGCUUUUAUGCAAAUGAAAAGUCCGUUUUACAUUCAAAUGAGGAGGUUACAAACUCAGCACGUCGAUAUUUCAGGACAUGGACUCGAAUUUUUUAUUUUUAUCUCAAAUCUUCAGACUGAAUAUUUUUAAAGUUAUCUUUCCUCUGAUGGUUUACUCUAAAUUUAAAAUAAUAGAGCUAAAAUUAAACUAUAAUUACAUGAAUACAAACUUGGAUAAUUAAAUCGUUUGAAUAAAUUUCUAAAUAAUUCUUUUCCUCUUGAUUUAUUUGUUUUUACGCACACUUUACGCACAGUUUACGCACGGCCUCUCUGCUCGCUUACCCGGACUCUGGCCUCAGUCAAGUUGGUCCACACUGCGAUCUCCUCCCUGGUGCUCAUGUCCGGGUAGCGGUUCCUCUGAAAAGUUGCUUCCAGCUCUUGCAGCUGCUGGCUGGUGAAGUGAGUCCUCUGCCGCCGCUGCUUCUUCUUCUUGGGGUCGUCCGCGUUCCCGUCAUCGCUCCUGUGUUCAGCGCUCCUCUCCUUCUCUGUGAAUCACAAAUCAGGAUGGAAUAAUUCUGAUAUAUGUAGAUUUAAAGAACCCCUAAUGAAUAUAUGUUUUAAUAAAUCAGAGUUUAGAUGUUGAAAUUAAAUAAACAAGACAGCAAAGGAACUCAAAUUUCUGAGUUUCAAAUGAGCAAAUCCUCCGAGCUGUAAAAGAGUUGUGUAAAAAAUAAGCAGCAGAGGAAAGUGGCAGAUAAAUCUAAAUAUUUACAAACACGUCUGGGACAUUUCAUGGAUUCUCUCAGAUCUGCUUCACUGACGGAUCAAAACGACUUUCUUUACGAGCAGGUCUGCCCACUCUUAUCUCCUCACUGCUAUCGUGUAUUCUCCUCGUCCUAACGAGACUGCCUCGUUAAACUGAAGGGUCAACACGUGCAAAGGUUAAUCACUAAAAAAAGGGAAUAGCCUCUUUAGAUAUAAAAACAACUUUAAAGCCAUAAAAUCGCUUUUAAUACAAACAUGAAAUCACUUGAGAUGGCUCCGAGAAACACAAAUGUGGAAAAGUUGGAGAUAAAACGGCCUCCAACCUUUUCCUUUAGAUGGUUCAGUCUGAGUGCACUCACUGACAGCAGGCCGGGCUGCUCUGCACAUUUUCCCCUGACAGACCUUCGUGUCCUGCCAAACAUUUGUCUGAGCGAGAGAAAAUCAACAGAAAAGAGGGUGGAACUGCGGCGGAACGGAACUAUUUUUCUUCUUCUGUUUUAUUAAUGCGCAUUUAUCGUCGAGGCAGAGCACGAUUAGAGUUCACUUUCACUUAGAUUCACUACAAACACAGAAUUAAAAGCUGAAAAGGAGAAAGAAAAGACUCAUCCAUGUGCGUAAAAGUGGGAGAAAGCUUUUGGAAGACCGUGGAGACUCGAAACAAAGUGUGUAAAGAGAGAGGGAGAGAGAGUGUGUGUGUGUGUGUGUGGAUCUGCCUGAAGCCCUCUGACUGUGUACCUGCCAGCUCCGUGUCUGAAGACUCGCUGCUCGAGUUCUCUAAAGUUUCUCGGCUGCUGUUGGAGCUUCUCGGUAAGUGAAACGCGGGGCCCACGUCGCGGGGCGGCGGCGGUGCUCUCACUGUCUCUGCGAUUCUGUCCAAAUUCAUCCCACCUUUUUGGAGGAGAAGGAUGCGUAAAAGGAAAGGAAUCGGUGUUGGAUCCUCGUGUCGCUCAGAGCUCCUCUUUUUCUCUUAACGGGCAAAAAAUCCACACGCUGCUACAUGCGAGCAUGAGUCACGCGGGAGGAAUUUCCACAACAGUCAGCUCGUCCAAAAUGUGGGGGGAAAAAAAUCAGAUUUGGAGAUGUGAAGUCUGAGAUGUGACCCUGGUUCUUCCUCAGCGACAGGCCAGUGCGCGCUCUUCUUCUCUCCGCUGAAGGGAAAAGCUUCUGCCCGCUGUGACCGUGGGGAAGCUCGGGCUCACACAGCAGACCCACCCAUCUAACCUCCCCAAGAUGAGUGAGUCCCACCCACUGGGCCUGCCCGCUGCAAGAAAACAUUCACGCAGACAAGAUAAUCUGACGUCGAGGCCAAAGAAGAGCAAAAAAAAAAUCCUCUCAGCGCUUCAGGAUUUCUCUGAUUCAAACUUUCAAACUCUGGGAACCAUUUAACGCAUAAAAACGACCACGAUCAGAGCCAAUAUCCCGAGUAAACAAGAAACCCUGCAAGUUUGUAGUAGUUUGUUAUAUUAAAGGAGUCAGAGGAGGAACUUUUUACAGUGGUCAUUCACGUUUCCAGUCGUCGGGAGCGCGCAGAGCAGCGCUUUGCUGCCUGUGAGUAAAAUGGGUCUUUUAUUCGUGCUGGCAUGUUUGUAAUGUUCUCGGUGGGUGCGCUAGUACACACACACACACACACACACACACACACACACACACACACACACACACACACACACACACACACACACACACACACACACACACACACGGAGCUCGUGCACACAAUGUACAGUAUAUCUCAGAUAUGUACUAAGCUGAAUAAACAUUUGCCAUCUCACGCGGGGCCUGCCCAGUUACUGUUUCCACAGUGAAAAGUGCCCGAUGAUGUGGAGAUUAACGUGUGUGUGUGUGUGUGUGUGUGUGUGUGUGUGUGUGUGUGUAAACUGUCGCUCUAUCAGCUCAUUGUUCCUCCACAAAUAAACCUCCAGGACUAAUAAAAGCAGAGGCCGAGCAGAGCUGUCGUUACUGGAGCUGGACUGUUGAACAAACACCGAGAAAGUGGAAAUUAAUCUGCAGUUAAUCUGUCCCCCAAUGCAGCCACCGGCUCAUCAUCAUGUGUGUCAAUAAAGGUUAGAGAGAGAGAGAGAGGGAGAGAGAGAGGCCUGACUGAAUUACAGCAUCCAAACCUUUCAGCGCAAAUCCCCGAAUUACUGAUCUGAUCAGAGAUAACCUGAGUGCAGCUGCAGAGGAGAGCGAGAGAGAGAGAGAGAGAGAGAGAGAGAGAGAGAGAGAGAGAGAGAGGCCAGAAUCAAGGCAGGAACCACAAGAUUCAAGGUGUCACAUAAAGUUAAAAGAAACAGGAAAUAGAUGCAAAGAAAUCUAUAAAAACAUGUGAAUGUUGACUUUUAUUCCUCAUGAACCUCUGAUUCAGACAGACUGCAGAGCUCUGAGUUUGAGCUGAAGCAAAAUAGAUUAUCAAUUUUUAUCAUUUGUUUAUUAGUAAACUUAUUUUAUAACCAAACUACAAAACGUUUGGUCUGAACAAACAGGGGCAGACUUCAUGUUUGCGCCAGGUGAGAGCUCACCUUUAAUAACAGAGGAUUGAGUAGGAGACUGUAGAAACAUCAGUGAGAGAUUUCUUUUUUUUUUUUUUUGCCAUCUAGAGUAAUUUUGCCUUUUCUCAACAUUUUAACUCUGCUUGGACACAUUUACAAUAUCCUCUCUAGUGUUUUAGUGUUUUAUAUCGAUCCAAUACAAUGUAACUGCGUAAAACCAUUGGUUGUUGGAGACGUAAAUAGACUUGGAUGUGUCCUUACUUUGUGCGCAGAGCUGCAGAGCUUCAUCCAGAUGUUGACUUCCUGAUCUGAGUUUGAGAUAAACUGAGUAAAACUAGCAGCUGUUGAAAAACGCAAAAUAGAUCAUACCUUUUUUUCUUAUUAUUUAUUCAUUUAUUAACUUUUUUUUUUAACCAAAAUACAAAACAUUUGGUCUGAACAAACAGGGACACGCUUCAUGUUUGCGCCAGGUGAGAGCUCACCUUUACUAACAGAGGAUUUAUUAUGAUUGUAGAAACACUACUAAUAGAUUUCUUUAUUUCUUUUUUAGAGUAAUUUAGCAUUUUCUCAACAUUUUUAACUCUGUUUGGACAUAUUAACAAUAUCCUCUCUAGUGUUUUAUAUCGAUCAAGAACAGGGUAACUGCGUAAACCCAAUGGUUGUUGGAUACAUAAAUAGACUUAAAUUUGUCCUCAAUUAUCCAAUUAAGGUGUUAGAGAGUUUUUUUCCAGUAAGACUUUCCGAUAAGAGCUCCUUUUUUCGUUGAUACCGAAAUUAUCGAACCGUCAUGAUCGGGUGAAUUAUCUUCCAAUAUCAGACCUCCUCACGGACAGAGUUGAAGAACAGCUGACCCUGAAUUGUAAACGGGUUUCAGUCCAGAUGACUCGCUCCGAGUGUCUCCUGUAACCUGAUCUCAGUCGACCUGCCUGCUGCUCUCGGUGCCUCGGCGGCCUGUAGAGCCAACAUGUGUCACCGGCUCAGACCUCACCGUCUGAGAGCCGGCCUGUCACCGGCGCCAGUCUCGAGCGUUUUGGGCCUUUGUGUGAGAGAGACUUCUGACAUGAGAUCCCCGUCCGACCGGAAAACUCCCCUUGAGGCCUUUUCAACAGACUAUUGUGCGAACUCGACAACAAUCACUCUGACUCUUUACAAAAAUCUUUAUUUGGAGGAGAGGAAACUUCUGCUCUGAGAGCUCUGACUGUACGGAGAGAGAGGAGGAGGAAGGAGGAGGAGGAGGAAGGAGGAGGCCUCAUGAUUAUAGACCUCAGAUAUUAGAUAUGUGUUAAUAAUGACUCACUGUGACUAUAGGUAUAGUAUAGAGAUAUAGAUGGAUAGGUAGGUAGAUAGAUAGAUAGAUAGAUAGAUAGAUAGAUAGAUAGAUAGAUAGAUAGAUAGAUAGAUAGAUAGAUAGAUAGAUAGAUAGAUAUAGAGGUCAUGUACCUCUAUAUCUAGAUAUAUUCUGUUUAUAUAGAUAGUUAUAGAUAUAGAUAAAAAUAGAUAGAUAUAUAUACUGUUAAUACAUAGACACAUAGAUAUAGAUGGAUUUAUAUUUAAAUAGAGCGAUAGACAUAGAUAUAGAUGCACAGAUAUAUACUAUUUAAAUAGAUGUAUAGAUAUACAUAGAUAUAGACGGAUAGAUUUAUACUGUCUAUAGAUAGAUAGAUAGAUAGAUAGAUAGAUAGAUAGAUAGAUAGAUAGAUAGAUAGAUAGGUACUGUUUAUAGAUGGAUAAAGAUGAUAGACGUAUACGGUUUAUAUAGAUAGAUUUACAUAGAUAUAGACAGAGGUUUAUAUAGAUAUAGACAGAUAUAGAUUAAUAUAGAUGAAUAUGGACAGAUAUAGAUUUAUAUAGAUAGACUUAGAUGAUAGGCAGAUAUAGAUAGAUAUAGACAGACACUGUUUAUAUGUAUAGAUAUAGAGAUAGAUACUGUCUAUAUAUGAGCUAUAAAGAUAUAUACUGUAUAGAUAUAGAUAGGUAGCUACUAUCUAUAUAUUGAUAGAUAGAUAUCAAUAUAGAUAUAGAUAGAUAGAUGCUGUUUAUAUAUAGAUAGAUAUCAAUAUAGAUAGAUAUAUAUCAAUAUAGAUAUAUAUUAAUAUAGAUAGACACUGUUUAUAAAUAGCGAUAGAUAGAUAUUAAUAAUGAUAUAGACAGACAUCAAUAUAGAUAGAUAUAGAUAGUUAUAGAUAUAGAUUUAUAUAGAGAUUUAGACAGAUAUACAUAGCAUAGAUAUAGAGAGAUAAAUGUAGAUUGAUAGAUAGAUAUAGACAGAUACUGUUUAUAUAGAUAGAUAUUCUGUUUAUAGAUAGAUAGAUAGAUAGAUAGAUAGAUUCUCUUUUGUUUUUUGUUUUUUAAUAUAAUGUUCCGUCCCUCUCGGACCCUCCAGUCCUGUUUUCGCCCUGAUGACCUGUUUUAGACCUGAACCAAUUUCGCGCCACCAUAAUUGCAGUCCUAAACCGCCUCACCAUUGACCUUUCUGAGUGCGUAAAAUAGCUCGUGCCAAAGGUUUGCGCAUGAGGAAAAAGGUCAAAUCUACGGACUACAGGAGACCCGAACACCCGUGAAGUGACCUCAGGGACCUGCAGGUUCUCCUCCUGUUAGCAGGUGGUUUUGACUAUGCAGAUGGUCAGAGUGGAAACGGUCACUUUAGCACCGAUGUGAGAGGGGACAUGUGAACUUUUACUCCAACAAGAAGGAAAAAGGAGAUUUUCUAAACCUUAGAAACUGCACCAGAGAGCAGAAACUACAGUUAGGAGGCCAGUCCGGAAUACUGAAGGAUCUCCAGCCCACGGAGACCCUCUCCAGUGUUAGUGCUCGAGUGUCUGAUAGAUGAGGGUAAUCUAAAUACUCAUCCUCCUCAGCCUGCAGCCCGGCUACCCCGAGUCCCGCUCCUCCUCUGCUCACGGAGGGCACUUGCGUGUGAUGGAUGACUUAAAAAGCCUUUCCAUCCGGCAGGACAGGUUAAAGGCCAGAGCUCGAGCAAACACUCAUAUUUUUCCACCGAGAAGUGAAAAUAAACUCCGUGAACGCCGUUAAUCAAACACCAAACAGGCCUGCAGUCACGCUGCUGUAUUUUCUCCUCCUUCUCUCAUAAAUGUAAAGAAACAAAGUCGAGCUAAUUAACCACGAGGCCCAAAAAACACGACAAAAGCAUUCAGAAAAUUAAAGGAGCAGCAGUGGAGAUGUAACAGGACACGGAGGGGUAACCAGAGACGGACGGAGCUGAUUGUUUCCAUGGUGACGGUGUCUCUGCUGCGUCCUGUAGGCCUGUUUGACCUGCGCGUAAAAGCCAACAAACAACCUGACCGAGCAGGUGUGAAUAAAACAGACCCCGACAAGAAAUUCAGGAGAAUAAAAAGAACAAAUAUUAUUUUCCUGAUUCAAUAAUCAAGUUCACUCAGAAAGCUCCACAUGACAACCAAAGGAAGGGUUAUUCUUCCUGAUGGAUACACACACAUGUAUUUAUAUAUGCUUCUCUGUGUUUACAAAGUGAUUAUAUUCCACUUCAGUCUCUAGUGGGGUCUAUUAAACCUGAAUUUCCUCUCCUAGAACAAACAAAGUCAGACGCGCAGAGAUGAUUUAAUCCGCCAGUCUGUCUCAAUCAUUUUUAGUUUUUGACAUUGUUUAAUUGGAUCUGUUUUUAUUUAAAAAACAUUCAAACUUGUAAUUUUUAAAUAUUUCUUCACAUCCAUAAAAACGCGCCCCUAUCUCAACUCUCAUGUCUAUUAAAUCCAGGUCCAUUUAUCCCAUUUCUCCAAAAACACCAAACACAUAAAAUCUACUUUUUUUUUCUUUUGAGUGAAGUUUUAUUCUUAUUUUUGCCUCAUUAAUUCUUGUUUUAAAACUGAAAACAGCUCAACAGGAAAUAACUCUCAGACUCUCAGAAAAACAGAAACACAAAAUAGAUUAAAAGAUUCUGUCAGAGCAGAAACACAAAAACAAAAACAUUUAAACCUCACAUCAGCUCAGAGAGUUUCUGAUUUCUCUCCGCUCGUUUUGCAUCCUAUCAUCUGAUAUUCCCGCAUGUCCGCGCGCUCUUAAUCUCACCUGCGUUAAUUCAACAGUGCCAAAAUUGAGAUUCAUGUUUAUUCCUGCAUGUCAGACUAAAUGAAAACCGGGAUUUUAAUGUUCUCAGACCGUGCGUAAAACCGUGCCGGACUUACCUGGGUCCCCGCAUGAAAUCCCGUUCUUGGACAGAUUCAGUUCCAUCCCAGUGACCUGGAAACAAAAAACAAGAUUUUAUUUUCAAAACAGGAGGAAUAAUAUAAAUAUAAUAUCCUCAAUUUGUCUCUGAACAGCUUCUGUGGGAGUUAGAUUUGUCUGUUUUUGUGGCCUCUAAAUGUGGAUGAUUCAAUUUUUUCAAGUCCAGUUGUAACCAGAACCACCUUUUCGUGAUUUUAUUCUAUAUUUUUCUUCAUCAUUAUUAUUUUUUAUCAUGUCUGAGGAUUUAAAAUAAGAAAUGAUUUUGUUUGAAUUAAUUCAAAGUUUAAUGUGGACUCAGGCUGCAGAGUUUUUUUAUUUCCAUCAUUCUCUGAAAUUGUUUUUUCAUGAUUUAGACUCUAUCUCUGAUACAACAUCCCAGUUUACCUUUGCCAUGACAGCCUGUACACACACACACACACACACACACACACACACACACACACACACACACACACACACACACACACACACACACACACAGCUCCUCUUAUCUCCCUCUGCUCCUCACUAAGUCUUCUCUCUCUCCUCUCACGCUUCACUUUAGACUCACCAAAGUGCAUCUAAACAUGAAUGCGCCGCUGCCAAACUCUGAAAUAUGACGGUAGGGUUUGAUUUUCUGACAUUUAUGCUUCUUGUGUUUCGCUCUGACUCCGUUUGAGUCGCUUAUUUUGCUGCAGUAGCUGUGCGUAAAGACUGCGUCCACUCUUCUCCGGCCUCUCUGACCUCUGCUGUCUCACUAAAUAAUCACAUCUGCAUCUGUAGACGUUCAAUGUCUCGAUCACAUCAGAUCUAAACUCGGUCGAUUACUCGCUGUCUGAGUUAGAGAGCGAGGUGACAGCAGGCAGCCUGAUUCAGGGUCUCUGAGCAGAAAAUCUGAGUGUUUUUUUUGACUCACCGGCUGUUUCCCAGCGGAGAAAAGACGAUAAAAGAAGAAAAAGAGUAAAGCCUCAGAGUUUCUCCAUGCAGCUGUUCAGUAAAUCCACUUUACGCGUCGGCUGCGCCUAAACGUCCGCAGUAAUCGGCGCUUUGGUUGCGUCUCUGCGGCGCUGCUGCGGUGGUUUUUCUUCCCCAGCGCGGUGCAGCACGCCUCGCAGUGACGUCACUGCACUGCACCGCACCCCCCCCCCCCCUCUCCAACCGGCCAUCCACCACCAUCCAUCUCCCACCUCCACAAAUAUAUCCCCCCUUUAACUCCAGCGUCCUCUCCAUCACCAACAACUAAUCGGACUGAUUAAUCGAUUAAAUCAACAAAUCUGAAUCCAUCAGGUUUCUCCUCAGUUUUCUGGUUUUUAAAUAUAAUUAUUUCUUUUUCAUUUUCACAGUGAGACUAAUGAGCAGUCAGACUUUUAAUCGAACAGAAUGAUCUCUGAAUUAAUCGAUAACAUUAAGACCGAAUUUAGUCGUUUCCUCGGUCGAAAAUAGUCGACAUAUACUUACUGUUAGUUCCUCCUCUUUUGAGUAGAAAUAAAGGGUCUCCUAGUUCAACAUGUUAACUUUAUUCUUAAUGAGACAUAAAAAACAUCCUCUCAAUGAAACUUUUAAACUUUUAAACUCAUUUUAAGUCCUAAAACUCAAAGUCUCGCACACACAGGUCCUUGCGAGGCGGAGCACUUUAACUUCGAGUUUUUUUUAAAUCUUACUUACUGUUAAAUAUUUAUUUGUUGUCAUAGUUAUUUAUUUAGUUGAUACCUCUUGUGUUUCCUGUUACAUCUGCUGCUGUUGUGAAAAUCUGAAUUUUCCUCUUUUGGGCAUCGAUAAAGUUUUAAUCUUUAAUAUUCCUGACUUUGAACAAAACAGACACGAAUCAUAUUUCAUGUGUUAAUUAACACAGAAAUGAAACGGUGAGUUAAUUCAUCACCAUGGUUACCACGGCGCUGCUUCGUUAUUAUUUUGAUCCUCAUGAAAAAUCAAAAUAUUUAACAUUAAAUUUCUUCAUUGCUGUUAAACCGUAUAUAUAUGUAUAUGUGUAUAUAUAUAUAUAUAUAUAUACACACACACAUACUAUACUCAAAUUUCAUUUCCCCCCAAAUAAUGUAUUUAUCCGUAUUUUAAUAUCAUUUUUAAUCGACAUAGUUAAUGAAACAUGUUCGAAGAAGCUUUUCUUUCUCUCUUGUUUAAAACAUGACUAAAAAUAACUUCAUUUCCUUUAAUUCCCCUAAAUUAAAAUCUUAAAUAACCGAGUGAAAAAGUUUAAACUUUCGAUGAGACAGAAACUGAGUGUGACCGUGGAGUUUGUGUGUCACGACAUAACAACACGAAGAAACGAAACAUUUCUGUAAACCUUUAAAUCCAAAGUCAAUAAACUCAUGAUGGGCUCCGUUUGUUUUGUCGCGUAAAAGGCCCGAAAAGGCGCAGAGACGGAGCAGGCCGACAGGAGCCGAACCCGAGAUUAGAGCAGAUUUGGACCGUAAACCCUCCGGCUGAGAGGAUCACAGAGGAGAGGGUUUUUGAUAAAUGAAUAAAACAGACAACGAAAAAUAUGAAACUCAGAGUUUUAGAGUUGAUCUAAAAACCCGAAUCUGUCUCGGGCCUGGUGUGGAAGCAGCGCAGAGUCUCGGAUCUGUGGCACAGCUCCACAUUUUUCACUUUACAAGCUCCCUCUUUUGGCCGGAGACUUCGGGGAAAGUGUGAAAUCUGUCCCACCCUUCCACACUUUCCUUUUGAGCUCGGCCAAGAGGCAAAGCCGAGCUCUGAGAGAGGGAUCCUGAGGGGAUUACUGCGGAGCUGCGGGCCUCCCUCCAGGACACGGACGGACCUCCUUCCCAGAGCGCAUCACAGACGGCGCAGACGGCGGAGGGUCUCUUGACCACUUACUAUUUCACCUCUACAUCCCGUCAUUGUUACUUCUGCACAAAGAUGGAUGUGUUUGCAGGUACAGGUGAAGAGCAGGGAUGUAAUCAGACCUGAAACUGGAUCUUUAGGUUAAAUUCAGGUAAAUUCAGGUCAAAUCUUCUGCUCAUAUUUGCUCUUAAUUAUGAUGUUUAUCCACUCAGUUGUGUUGCUCUGAUUUAGAGAUUAUAAUUCUAAAACUAUCAGAUUAAAUUCUUCAGAGUUUGAGUCAAAUGAGGAGAAAAUCUGCAGGUGCAAACAGUCUGCAGGUCACAUGACCGACCCUCCACCCCCAUCUCCAGCAUCUCUGCAACUGUAUCCACAAGAUAGUUAUAAUAAUAGUUAAUACUGGCCUCUGUAAUUGUCUACCUGUGAGGCCUGCAUUGCUAAAUCAUGACACUCACACACACACACACACACACACACACUCUGGCUGUCUGUAUAAUUAGGCGGUAGGAAGGCAGGCGGGCAGGAGAAUGCUGUGAUUACUCAACGAGUGACUGGAGGAGUUAAGUAGUGCCCUGAAGGUGAGGCCGCGGCCUCAACUCUCCUGUGCAAAUAGGUGGAGGGAUUAUUUCGCCUGUUUCCAGUGUGUGUGUGUGUGUGUGUGUGUGUCUGUGUCUGUGUGAAGGUGUGUGUCUGUGGCCAGGGCCUGUCUGAUGGUCACCCCGCAGCAUAAAUAGUCAUUCCAACAUAACAGGAGGGCUGAUGCCUGAUCACAUGAUCACACCCUGUUUGAGGACGAGUGUGCAGAUGGAUGUAAAGAAUGUUAAAGGGAUAUUCCGGUGUAAAUUUAAGUUCAGGUCCCACUUCAGUAAUGACCGCACAAUAGAAAUACACAGCGGUCUACGUCUCCACGUGCAAACCUUAACCAAAACGCCACUCUAUAGAAACAAAUAAGGCUCAGAACAGCACCUAACUUCAUCAACAGUACAUAUAGGGUCCCAGUCACAGCAUUAGCCACCAAACAUCUUUUUAACUUUGCCUGAUUUCUUUAGCAAAGAGACUAAACACAACUCACCUACUCUCUUCCAGCAGCCGCUUUUUUGUAGGGAGACCUAGGACGAGUCCAUUAUGGACCACAGCGGGGUGACGCAGCUCAAGGAAGAACAUUUAUGAUCAUUUCUUCAUGGAAACGCAAUCAGACAGAGACGCUAAAGCAGAAGAACUACAGCGUCUGCAGUGAAAAAUGAUUAAUAUGAUGAUUAUUACUUCAAGGAAAUGAUAAAGAAAUGAUCAUAAAUGUUUUGCUUGUUUGUUGUUGACCAAGACCAUUAAGAGCUUUAAAAACUAAUAAAAGAACCUUAAAAUCUUCUCUAAAAGACACAGGUAACCAAUGCAGAGAUGAUAAAGAUAAUAAAACCUUAUAGCAUUUAUGAGACUUAAUAAUUGCGCUUGUAAGAGGUGGGCUCAUAUAUAGUGUUGCAGAGAUGGUUAUAAUUAUCAUCAAAAUGACAGUUAAUGUGUCCCACCUACAUGAAAACACCAGUGUGUGAUACUGGAGGGUCGACCGAUAAAAAAAAGACAUGACCCGACACCAAACAAAGUUAAUUCAAUGUGAAUCCUGUUGGGUCAGUGACCUCGGGCUCCUUUUUUCUCGUGAAUCCCAGUGAGUCUGUAGUCCAGGACCGUCCUGGACCGCAGUGAGUCUGUAGUCCAGGUCCUAACGAAGAAGUAGAUCUGGUGGCAUUAGCCUGUGAGGCCUGUUUCCGCUGAGCGAGGACCAGAGGAGUGCUUUUGAACCGUGUGUGUCGUCUUGACUCUGUCGGAUAGAUCAGGAGGGUUUUUUGAGCUUGACGCUGGGCAGCUCUUCAGCUUUUUGUGACUCUGCUGCCACUUCUCUAACUCGUAGCAGAAGCAGAGAGUCGGGGAGCCAAACGCCCGAGCAGAAACCAGAAUCCUGAAACACAACAGCCAUGAUAGUUAGUGCAUUAAGUUUCCUCCUCUAUGGAUAUAUCUCUUGAAUCCUCGUGAGUGAAGUCACCCUCUCAUCACUGCAGCGAUUAUGAGGCAUGGAUGUUGUUUUUUUUCUCUUUAAGCAGGACUCCCCCUUGAAGUGUGUUAGAAACGCAGAUGUCACCGUUUCUAAUCAGCAGUGAAAUUAGCGAUGUUUUGAUUGCGCAGGGCUCGGAGAUUACCAACGUAAACAGGUCUGCUGCGUAGAUCAUGGUUUCAAGAGGAGGCAUCAUCCCUGUUUUCCACUUUAUACAAACUCGACGGGCCUCUACGGCUUAGUGCUGAUGAGAAACGGACGUCCAGCUUCCAGUUUUUAUUUAAGCAUCAACAUAAUCUGAUGUUUCCUUUUUUUUUUUUUUUAAAUGGCAGACCACCAAAACGGACUAACCCAGUACCACACUGACCCUGGUGAGAGACUUCUGAGGAUCACUUUCUUCAGCUUAAUCAUCAAAACAGGAUAAGAUUUUCCCUUAUCGUCUUUAUGAAGUGAUAUCUUCUGGUUUCAGAGCAGCAGUCUGAAAAAAAAGCUCUCAGAGGUGAUUUUAAGAAAUGGAGAGUGGUUUGCAGAGCUGAAAUGUGAGCAGAGUAAAAAUGAUAGAAAGCCGAUCGAUGAUGCUAAUCAAACACCAACUGUGCACCAAGGUCACCGCUAAAAAGCUAAACUAGAGCAGAGUAAGAACAGCUGCUGCAAUGUGACUGCUAACGUCAAUGCUAAUAAACCUAGAUUAAGUGAAUUUAAACUAGACCAAAAUAAUCUAGACUAGAAGAGAGUAAACUAUAAUAAACUAACCUCGACUAAAAGAAACUUAAUUAGACUAAUCUAGACAAGAAGAAAGUAAACAUAAAUAAACUAAACUAAACUGGACUAGAAGAAAGUAAACUACAAGAAACUAAACUGAACUCGAAUAGAAGAAACUAAACUAGAUAAACUAAUCUAGACUAGAAGUAAACUAGAAUAAACUAAACUAAACUUGACGGGAAGAAAGUAAACUCAAAGAAACUAAACUGGGCUAAACUAAACUCGACUAGAGGAUACUUAACUUGACUAGAAGAAACUCAACGGGACUAAACUUAUCUUGAAUAGAAAAACUAAACUGGCCUCGACUAGACUAAACUAAUCUAGACUAAAAUAAUCUAAACUAGAAUAAACUAAACUCGACCAGAAGAAACUAAUCUCAACCAAAGUAACCUACACAAAACUAAACCAUGUUUACAUAAACUGAACUUAAUUAUACAAUACUAGAGAAGAAUGAACUAAACUAAACUAUGCUGAACCAGGAUUUACUAAACUAAACUAGACUAAACUAAUCUAGACUAGAAGAAAGUAAACUAGAAUAAACUCAAUUCGACCAGAAGAAACUAAUCUCAACUAAAGUAACCUAUACAAAACUAAACCAUGUUUACCUAAACUGAACUUAAUCAUACAAUACUAGAGAAGAAUGAACUAAACUAUGCUGAACUAAAAUUUACAAAACUAAACUAGACUAGUGAGACCAGAGUAGAAUAAACUUAACUAGAUUAAACUAAAUUUAACCAGGAUUUACUAAACUAAAUUAAUAAAGACUCAACUAGAAUAAACUAAACUAAACUGAAUCAAGAUUGACCAGACUUGACUAAACUAGACAAAACCAGAACUAAACUUGACUAGGUAUAACUAAACUAAACCAGAACUUGCUAGACCAGACCAGACCAGACCAGACUAGACUAGACUAAAUAAAUAAAAAUUAACUAAACCAGAACUUAGUACACUAGACUGCAAGAUUCUCUGUUUCAUAAUCAUUGAAGAUCUCCCAUCAGGAGAUCAAUAAUCGUUUAAAGUUCUGUCAGGGAUCUUGUUGAGUCUGGGAUCAGCUAGGACCAGGUCCACAGGUCCAGGAUCAUGUAACUGAGUUUCGACUUCGAGUGUUUGACUCUCUUCUCCUCUAGAUCUGACUUGACCCCAGAUGACCCCAGAUGGUUUGUGGGUAUUUUUUUAGCGUGCUCCUUGUUUGGUUCAGUCAGCUGUAGCAGAGACAGAGACAGAGGAUCCAGAUGAGUCCUCAUGGAUUCAGUCCAAUAGGAGUUCAUGUCCAGAGGCAGAGGUCUUAACAAUAAACCAGCUCCACUCUCUGCACAGUGAGAUUUUAAGCUGCGGAUAUUUCUCCCACAAUGAAGUUUCCGUAUCUGUUUAUCCCCUCAAUCCACCUGCAUCUAUAACCGAUAAUCCAGAGGAAUAGGACUGUUCAGCGUUCACAAAGCGGGAGGUGUUAGAGCAUCUGUUUCAUCCAAAGUGGGAUUAAAUCACUGACUUUUACUCAUUUAGGAAGUUUGUCUGGGAUCUGAAGAGCGUCUGGUUGUUGUCUCACAUCCCGCAGAAACUCUCUGUUACGCUGUAAAAAGACGUUUCUAAUAUUACGAACCUUUAAAGAAAUCUGCCUGAUUGAUUGUUUUAUUUACCGUCUCUCUCCAACAUCUGGAUUCUGGCCUCUAGAGCGACACACAGCGCCGAACAAGCUUGGCUGUGGUUCGCCAAGCUGAGAUUUAUGGCGGAGGCUUACAGCGCUCUGCAGUGUUUGGGAUAGCGUUGCCCUGAGCCGUCCCACUAAGAUCACAACGCUCUCUCCUCCCCUGACUUACAGAGGAACCGUCUCCCCCCUUUUUUUCCCCCCUCAGUCUGUGUCUGUCACCAGUGAGGGACAAUAAAUCUGUAAGGUCAUGUGGCCGCUCCGAUUACAGGGUAGUGUUGACUGUUUGGUUUGGAGCUCAAGAGGGCCGCGUGGUUCUUCACAUUUGAGUGAUUUAAAUGAUCUGUGAGCGAAACGAGGCCGCUAACGGGUUAAUAACUCGGUAAUGACUAGUUAAUAACUGGUUAAACUAAUUUCUGCAGCCGUUUUGAUGUAUUUCACACUGAAUACAACAAUAGAAACUCAAAUAAAGGUGCAGUUCGCUAAAGAAUAAAAAACUACUCAUAUUUAGGUUCGAGUGUUGCAUUGAUUAUUUCCAAACCGGUGAAUUUACUGAACCGAGUUUAACAAAAACAAGAAGUGAGGAGCGUUUAAAGUCCUGUCCAGCUGCUCUUAGGAAGCCGACCAAAAAUCGUCUCUCUUUUGCAAUCUCAGAAAAAAAAAAAGAACAACACAGCCAAAGAUAUUUUUUACAUCAGGCUUCAAACAUGUUUAUUUUAUUAAAAUGACAAUGAAAAACAGUCUUUGUCGUUUGGAAACUUUCAGUCUGUUGGUUUUGGUGCACCGCGAGGACAGAGUGGUGUGUUUUUGUGUUUCUGCAGAGGUUGGGUUUGUUUGUGUCAAGGACGGGACUCAAACCAACGACCUCAAAACCGCUAUCAUGAUAUAAUCUACGAUACAUUAUAUUCUGGUAGAUUAAAGUUAAUCCAUUAAAAGUUAUAACUUCACUAAAGAAGUCGAUCGUGACGCAGAUGGUCAUGUUUCUUUUUUGGGUAAUUUUUAGUUGUUUUGUGACCCUUUAAAAACUCUUUCCAGGGACUUUACGUACUGUUUGAGCUGAAGGCCGUGACGUUGUCAUGUGGCGUUCAAACCAAAAUCAUCUACUCGCUUAAUCUAGCCGCAUGAAUCAACUGUAUUUAUUUGCUCCUUUCACUCGAUUUGCGCAUCAACACAGUGCCUAAAAGCCGUGGUUAGAUGCUAAUGCUAAUUUCAACAGUGAUCCUUGCCAAUUCAACCGGCGGGAUCAAGUGAUAGACAACGCUUUUUUACGAUUUACGAGAUAACCCGACCUCGUCACUCACUUUCCUCCAGGUGAGCUCCUUUUUAAUCCAGUUUCGGUAACCAAAACAAGAACUAUCAUACACUUCAGGGCACCCACACACUGACAAGUUUGUCUUUCAUUUUCGACACCGGCAAACAUCUUCCGAUACGUUUUCAUAAACCACUCUGGAAUCUAAUUACCGAUUGGUUAUUGCAACGUGAAUACCAUCUUGAGUUUCUUGACUUGUAGAAAAAAAUUGAAUUUUCUGUCCAUAAUUUUUGGUAUCAGGCAUUAAAGGGCUACACUCUUGCUACUUCGUGCGAAUGACUCGCUUAAUUCGCAUCAUUCGCGCUGCCAGAAUUAUACAAGCGUCUAAUCGCGUUUUUGCAUUGAUCUUUUUUGGCCCCGCGAGGUCAGAUUCACAGACGUUUGAACAUUUUGCAUGUUGUGUAUCCUGCAGCACUUACAUAUAUGGGCGGAGCUGCCAAGCGUCACGCUUUAAGUGUGACAGUCCCACAAUUUGACCCAUUCUCACGCCACACUUGACAUUUCUCAUGCUUAUUUUUCCUUAUUCAAUACCCUGUAUUACUUUCUUUCAUGAUAACAAGCUUGGCUUUCCAUAGAUCCAGUAACUCUGAUUGACUGACCGAGAUAACCAAUCCAUCAGUCCUUUGUGCCUAAACCUAACCAACCACGGGAGGCACCACGCAGUAUAAACCAAUCAGAAGCAACGUAAGGCGGGUCUUGGCUUCUCUAAUUAUCUUGUACCCAGCUAAAUUAUUAGAGAGUUAGUUGAAAUGCAAUAUUGACAAAUAAAUGUAUUUCAUCAAAAUUCUUGUUACAAUUUUCAUUCCUAAUUUCUGGUUAAUUAAGACGAGCAUUAGGGGGCCACAGUGCAGGGAGAGCAGCUGGCAUGGAGGUGAGAACAUCAGUCUUAAGGUAUAAAUCGAUGUUCAAAAAGGACAAUUUUUUUUUUGACGAACACAUCAUAACGCUAAAGUCUCACUCUUGUCAUCUUCUGAAACUUGGCAGCCCUGCAUAUAUGGGAUAUAUAUAUGUGUGUUUACAUGUUUGUGGGGUUCUUAGUACCUUGCUCUAUCGCAGGGCGUGGGAACUCCCAAAGGUUACUUGAGGAGGAAGGGCGCUCCAGCCUCCACGCUGAUACAUGUGUGUAUAAACUUACUGACAGCAGGAUGGAAAAACAACCUGAAAGUAGAGUCGAGAGUAAACCAGGAAAAGAGAGAGACAGAGCGUCCGAUCCGACCCGCCCAGGUUUGGACCCGUAGCUCUCUUUGUAUUCCCCUGCCACAAAGAUUUAUUAUGCAAACAUUACCGUUCCCAAAAAUACAUAUUGAAACAAAUUUUGGACAAACACAGCAGACAAAGUGAGCGUCCUGCGCUGUCACGGGAGUUUGGCGCUCAGGGCGAGGAGAGCAGCGAGUGCAUUAAUAGUCUCGCUUCAGGAGCCGUGAAAAGGUGAGCAGGCUGGGGCGGCGGUGUGGGCCGUCACACAAGAGCGAGGGACUGUCAGAAGAGAGACAAAAACGCAGGGAGGGAUGAUUAAGAGGCCGCCUCGCUCGGCCUCCCUGCCUGUCAGUGUACCUGCCUGUUCGGGGGAACCGGCGCUGAGAAAAGGCCUGAACUCGGAGAGUGUAAACAGUUGUAAACACACUCCCACGUACAACUCUCUCUCUCUCUCUCUCUCACACACACACAGCUGUUUGUCCUCAAACAACUGGCCCUUCCACACGAAGGGAUCGCUGCAGGUUUGAGGUCAUUCGCGGACUUGUGUAGAUGCUAAGAACAAGGGUUGGGCAUCUUAGGUAAUAAUGCCGAUAUCAGAUCUGCAAGCAUUAUAAUCAAUGUGAGUCAUUCCACAGAAUCUGUUCAGCAUCAGGCUCCACUGUGGAUCGACCUCAGUGGUCGGAUCAGAUACGCAAGGCUUCUAUUUUUGCUGGACGCUGGAGCGCAGCGCAUCAAUUCAGUGCAGCGCAGUAUGAGCAGUUUAAUGACAUUACAGAGUAAAAUAUCCGGUUAAUUUUCAAAAUAAAAUAAAGUCAAUACAUUGAUCUGUUCUUAACUUGAUAAUAGAAGAGGCCAGGGUUGUGGGGUGUGUGUGUUUAUAUACACUGAUCGGCGGAUCUUAUUCUAUGACUCACAGGGAAACACACGAGAUCUCGUGAGAUCUCGUUCAGUCUGCUGAAUAAUAUCGGUCAUCUCACGAGUGCUCCUCCUCAGAUGGCGGUGGAAGAUCAGAUCCGGUUAGUGCUGUAUCCUUGUGGAUCUGAACUGCCUGCCGGGCCAGAGUGGAGUGGAGCCAUUCUGGAUCCUGUGGGUUUAGCCAGUUAAGGUAUCGGUUAAUUUUCUCAUUCCUACUAAAAGAGUUUAUUCAGGCUCUGAGACGCUGGAAAAAAUCAGGCCGGCCUGCUUCUCCAUCUCUCUCCAAACCGUCAUGAAACAGUCUCUAUAAAAUCAUCUGCAUGCAUUUCAAAUCCUCAAUUUUCCCCCCAUUCGAGAGCUGAAACUGGAAUCUGGUGUAUUUUAUCUGGAAGUGUAUUUCAUGACUCUCACAUGAACGCCAGGUGAGGAGAUCCAGAGAGUCCAUUUGGAUGGCGCUCAGUGGCGAUAUACUGGGCGAACAAAAAUGACUCUGGCAAUUGUGGUUCAUAGAAAAAAGGGUUCUCCUCUGAGUUUGGUGGUCGGCGGUUUGUUUCCAGCUUCUGUAGGUCAGUGAGACUCUGACCUCGCUGGGUUCAUUGUGGAGAAAUCUAUCGAGGCCACAUCUAUCGACUAUAAUCCAAACAACAGUAUGCAUUUUGUUCAGAGUUUGCGUGUUCUUUGUAGGACACCGUGAUAUGUGAUCCAACUUCUCUCAAGUCCAACAAGUCAUGGACUGAACCUACGCGAGCUCGUAUUUACAAACACACACGCAGACUCCCGUCCUCCCUCCGAAAAAAAAGUGAUGCAUGUGUUUUUCAGAAAGGACACGAAACUCAACAUGCCUCCUCUCUUGUCUCUUUUUCUCAGAGUGAAGUUAUUCAGGAGGGAGAGGACGACGUCGCCCCGCCGGACAAUUUACUGCCCUCCUCUGGGAAUUCCACAUGA